AUGGAAGGAAGAAAAAGUGUCGCAAACAAUUCGUCGACUACCUCUGCAGUUAAAGUUCCUACAACUUAUGUCUCACCAUUCUCAAAACCCUUACAACCUCCUAUAAUACCAAAGCAACUUCCUCAUACAAUUCAGGGUCAAUCAGACUCAAAUUCGAAUUCAAACCAAAUUCCACCCAAUUCUACUUCAAACCAACCUUCAAACGCACCAGAACAACACACACAUGUCUCAACCUCUCAAACUACACAGCAAACACAAAGACAAACUUCCAAUUCUGGUACAAUUCCAAUUGUACUUACUCAUGAAGAAGAAGAAGAAUAUUUGGUAGAACCAGAAAUAAAAGAAAGCGAUAUUCGUAAGGACGCAGUCAAGAGACUCGAACAAUUCAUGAAGAAUUACCCACAAAACUUAAGCAUUCAAGACACAAAUAACUAUUCAGAUUUCUACAAUGAUAUUAUUGAAGCCGUCAAAAAAUUUGAAGAUAAUGUUCAAAAUCCAACAAACCUUUCAGAAUUCUUCUUCAAAUUGCUUCCUUAUACAGCAAAUAUCAUUGGUUUACAGUUCUGUGACGAGUUUAUUCAAACAUUCGGUCCCAGACAGCAAAGAAGUCUAUACGCACGUCUGAAACUGUUUCAUCCUUAUCCACUUACAUAUAAUUGGAUUGAAGAACUUCAAGAACACGGAAAGGAACAACAUUUCAAGUUCUAUGUAGAUGUUCCUCAAGGAAAGCUUGCUAAGACAUUCACAAUACAACCAAAACAAUUCUAUGAAGACUUUCUUCACGUAAUUUCAACUAUUGCUAUGGUUGAGCCUGAAAGGGUUACAUUCGGUCAAAGUGUUUCUCUAUAUAAUGUUCGUCAAGGACUUGAGCCGCUUAAAAUAGCCGAGUUUACCUCCUCCUCAGCACAGCUCAAAUUGGACUGCGAAUUCCAAUUUGUUGGAAACUCCAAGUUCUCUCUCCAUACACCAUUCAACCAACGCAUCCGUAUCUUCAUUGCUGGAUAUGUUGGAGACCCUAUAACAAAUGAUGAUGAAGAAGAAAUUUCAGAAGAAGCAAUGGAGGAAGAAGAAGAAAUUUCAGAAGAAGCAAUGGAGGAAGAAGAAGAGUCCUCCGAAUUCACACCAGAAGACUAA